AUGGCUACCUUAGCCUCGUCUCCCCCGACUUCGCCUUCAUGGCCGAAACGACGAUCAAGAGCUUGGAUGCUCCGAUGUGAAAGAUACUGCUGUGCGGCUGCUAGCUGUUUUCCGCUUGCUUUUGUCUAUGGUAUCACAACCUGGGCGGUGUAUGUGGAAGCCAGUCUCGGGUUCAAAGAAUCGCAGAGUAAAUGGAUUGGCCUACCCAGUACCUUCCUCGGCCUUUUCUUGUACAUCGCUCUCAACGCUUCAUAUACCAUUGCCGUUUUCACCGAUCCCGGAUCUCCGUUGUCUACACGCAGAGGCAAUGAUCGACACAAUUAUAGCGCGUUGCCAAUCACCGAAUCCGAGUACCCUGAAUUCACGUCGUAUACGGUCAACUCUACGGGCGGGUCGCGAUACUGCAAGAAAUGUCAGUGCCCCAAACCAGACCGCGCGCAUCACUGCUCAACAUGCAAGCGCUGCGUGCUUAAGAUGGAUCACCACUGCCCAUGGCUAGCAACCUGCGUUGGUUUACACAACUACAAGGCUUUCCUCCUUUUCCUGAUCUAUACCUCUCUAUUCUGUUGGGUUUGUUUCGGAGUCGCGGGUACAUGGACUUGGCAGGAAGUCCUCAAUGACACCGUGUAUAUGGAUAACUUCCUGCCGGUCAACGUGGUCCUGCUAGCCAUUCUCGGUGGAAUAAUCGGCCUAGUUCUGAGUGGAUUCACCGCAUGGCAUAUCAGUCUCGCAGUGCGCGGGACAACAACCAUUGAAUGCCUUGAGAAGACGCGAUACGUCUCGCCGCUACGCAAAGCGCUCGACCGACAGCGAUUCGACACCGAGUCCGGACUUAACGGCUCGAACGGUGACCCGUCCCAGGAGAGUCUCGCCCACCGACUUCAAGGAUACGGGAACCAGAUCAUCGAUGCACAUGCCAAUGCCAUUCCAGGCGUGACCCGUGCCGAAGAAGGCGAAGAGCGUCUCUCACCCGCACCCUAUGGCCCCGGCCAGGGUCCAAGCUUCCAGGGUCCAAACUUCAAUAACCCCAACAACCUCACUCCAGCCCAACAGGCCUUGUCCCGCUCCUACGCAGAUAUGGAACGUCAACGUGAACACGACCGGUAUCAAAACUACCUCAACGAAGAGGACUCCGAGAAGACGCCCAGCGCAUUCGACCACGGCUGGCGCCGGAACCUCGCACACCUCUUCGGUGACCGCCCCCUCCUCUGGCCCAUUCCCAUCAGCACAACCACAGGUGACGGCUGGCGCUGGGAACCAAGUCCUCGUUUCCUCGAAGCACGUGAACGCCUCCGUCUCCGCCGUGAACAGGAGGCGCACGACGAACAGCAGUAUCGGAGGGAUCUGUACCAGCGGAAUAUGGAUAACAGCCAUGCCUGGAUUGGCGGAGCUAGCGCGGGCGCUGGCAACGGUACCGGCGCCGGUACAAGUGUUUCCCCAGCUCAGCCCAGCUGGAUCGCCAAUCGAAACCGACAAGAGACGCACGAUCGCCCACCAACUAGUGUGUCCAUGCAGACUCUUGCGCCCGCAUCCCCUCGACCUCGGCCGGGCGAUAGCGACUACGAGGACGAGCCCGAUAUCGAGAGCAACGGAUUGUUGGAUCCAGAGGCUGCGGCUCGUCCUGUGCGUGCGCGAGAUACGGAUGAGUGGCGCGACUGGGAAUGA